UCAUGUUUAUUGUACUCCCGUCAUGCAAUUUGACAGGGCAGGUCCAGUCGAGCCAAGAUGGCGGACUUUGAGGAACAGCUUACCGACGAAGAGAAGGUCCGCAUCGCUGCAAAUUUUGUCAUCCAUUCUCCCCCUGGAGAAUUCAAUGAGGUCUUUAACGAUGUGCGGCUACUGCUUAAUAAUGACAAUCUGCUCAGGGAAGGGGCGGCUCAUGCCUUUGCCCAGUAUAACAUGGAUCAGUUUACACCGGCUAAACUUGAUGGACAUGAGGAUCAGGUGUUGAUCACAGAACAUGGAGAUCUUGGCCACGGUCGGUUUUUCGACCCUCGGAAGAAACUGUCAUUUAAAUUUGACCACCUUAGAAAAGAGGCAAGUGAUCCUCAGUCAUAUGAGGGCGAGGCGGCCCUCAGGCCCUGGAGGGAUGCCUGCGAUGACGCUCUGAGGGCGUACGUCAAAGACCAUUACCCCAGUGGAGUGUGCACUGUUUAUGGGAAAACCAUUGAUGGACAGCAAACCAUCAUCGCUUGUAUCGAGGGUCAUCAGUUUCAACCCAAGAAUUUCUGGAACGGCCGCUGUAGGUCAGAAUGGAAGUUCUCCAUCUCUCAGCCCAACGCUCAGGUGGUCGGCGUGCUGAAGAUUCAGGUUCAUUACUAUGAAGACGGCAACGUUCAGCUGGUCAGCCACAAGGACGUGCAGGAGUCUUUGAUCAUCUCUAAUGAGGUACAGACUGCCAAGGAGUUUGUCAAAAUUAUCGAAAAUGCAGAGAAUGACUACCAGACGGCUAUCAGCGAGAACUACCAGACUAUGUCUGACACCACCUUCAAGGCCUUACGCCGGCAGCUUCCCGUCACCCGUACCAAGAUCGACUGGAACAAGAUCCUCAGCUACAAGAUCGGCAAAGAGAUGCAAAACGCUUAGACACACGGCAUGCCUUCGCUACUGCUCGCGUUACAAACAAAGAGACAAGCAACGAGGGGCCCACAUCUAAACCCGAACCUCGACCAGAGUCAACUGCGGGGCCGAGAAGGAAGCUCCUUCGAGAAGUGUGCUAAAAAUGUGUCUGUCCUUAUUUUUGUUGUUUUUCAAAAGCCACGGUUUGACCUCAGCUGAAGAGACUGCCUCCUUUUCUGUAUUGCAGGAGGGCUGCAAGCGUGUUUUAAUGGGUUUGGCAGAGGAUUUUUGCUGUUGAACAAAUACCUCCCAUGACACCAGUGUAUAGCGUCAUAUACAGACCCCCUAAUAACCCCUCCCCUAGACCCAGAUACCCUAGAUCAACUUUCUAAAUACUCAACACCGAACAAUUUACUGCUGCUCAGCAGUUGCACAUAUUCCCUAUGAUCAAUAGAGAUUAUUUGUUUUUGUUUGUUCUGCACGCAUCAAGUCAUAAUUAUAAAACAAUAACAUAGUGUAUGUUUUCAAUCUGGCCUGUUAUUCAUAAAGAGUCGUUUGACACCUUAAUAUUUGGGUGCCAUUAUAUUUGAAUGUGCUGUCAAUUGAUCACAUAUAGGGUUGUGCCAAAGUGAGCAUUGUGUUUGUACAAAUGUCAUUUCAGGUUAUUGUUCUGUGUGGAGAUGGUCCCGUCGUCAUACUCUGGUGUCUAAGAAUGGUAUAUAAACUGUAUGCAGUUACACAAAAUAUUUGUUACCCUCACAUCAGCCUCCUACCCUAGCUUUUAUUGCUAACUAUUUUUUACAAAAUGUAAGAACAAAUAUGAUCCCAGAGGAAUAAAUGAUUUGCACCAAA